CGUUAGUCGUACAACGUACGGACGAUCCUUUUUUUCAUACAAAUCGCGCGGUGCGGCAACAGUGCGGCGCCAGUACCGAGAACGCUCGACAACAGGACGGCAACGUCGCAAGCAUCACGUGUUCAUUCUAGUGUUGAAUAGUGCGGUGAAUAGACGUCAGAGCUCUUUAUAUCAAAUGUUUAUUUGCAUUUUUGCUAAAAAUGGAUAAUAUAAACGUGGAAGAUUUUAUAAAUGAGAUUGAAAUACGUCCUGCUAUCUGGAACUCCAAAAGUGACAAACACAGCAAUCGCACUGAAACAAAAAAUGCUUGGGAAGGCAUCUGUGAGAAAUUUGUGGAAGAUUUUAAAAAUAAAACUACUGGUGAAAAGAACUCUGCAGCAAUGGUACUUCAAAAAAAAUGGAGGCACAUAAGGGAUUCAUUCUCAAGAGAGUUGAAAAAACAACGAGAGUCAAAAAGUGGAUCUGCAGCAAAAAGACAUCGACAAUAUGUUUAUUUUGAUCGACUGCAAUUUUUGUCGGAACUAUAUGAAACAAAACCAGAUGAAAAAAAUAAACAGACUGGCGAUGGUGCUACUGCGUCGACACCGAAAACUACAACUAAAAGUUCAUCUGCUAACGACACAAAUGAAACUAACACGCUUUUAAAAAUACUCGCAGAAAGAUUACAAAACAAAAAAGAUGCAAGAGAAGAUGUAUCCGAAGAUGGGGAUAGAUAUUUUUUAUUGUCUUUGUUAAACGAUUUUAAAAGGAUCCCAGAAAGCCGUAAAAUGGAUGCUAAAUAUGACAUAAUUGGAAUUAUCCGAAAAUACGCGAUGCCACAAUCGUAUACACGAGAUUAUUACAACUUAGAUUCGGAAUCGUAUGAACAACGCGGCUAUUUUACGAAUCAAUCUUCAGAAUCCCAGGCACUAACAAAUAAUCAGCUUCCGUCCACAUCAGAUGAACUUGCAGCAAUCUCACCCGUAUCUAAUUUAAGUGGAGAUUCUGAUGCUUCCAUAUAUAGUGAUCUUUUUACAGAUUUUUGUAGUAAUAAACAAUAAAUCAAAUACAAUUUGUUUACUUUACUUACCUCAAUG